CCCCAUCUAUUCUUCCGGACAUCAUUCAUUUAUCGAUUGCACCCGUUGCUAUGGUAACCAAUACACAAAGUUCAUUUUCAAAAUGGUUUAUGGUAGUGAGUGAGUUGGAAUUUGUAUUAUUUUUGUAUAAAAUGGUUCUCUAUGAAGUGUUUUCUCAUCCUGUAUUGUACACUUAUAAGGGUAGACUUUUUUCCAAGGCAACAGCUCUUAUAAUAUUCACAACAUUUUUGACAUUUCUCCUUCCUCUUUUGUUUGCUUACAAAAGUCAUGGAUUUUGGUUGAAAACAGCGUCCUACAGAGAAAAGCCGGAUGUCAGUUUCAAAUACGAGUACUUCUUUAUGCUACAUACUGAGAGGAUUGUAGAGCCGAUCAUAUGCACCUCAGUUCCAGUAUUGAAUAAUGUAUUCAAAAACAGGAACAGUUGUCCUAUAAUAAAAGUGAAAGAAGACGAUUUGAAUGCAGAUGGCUUCAACGAUAUUCUGCAUUUCGAAUUGGAGGCUCUGCUGAAUAAUGAUGAGAACGUAUUCGGACUGACUUUAAUAUUAAUAUUUGAGUAUAAUCUUUAUAGUCAUUGCUACCUAGAAAUGGAAAGCAUGGCUGUGGUUCAGGAGAUGACAAGUAUGCCUGCAUAUCGCUUUGACAUCGCAGCCGAUCUCCAGCUUAUUCAGAAAUCACCAAUGAAUCCAAGAAUUCGACAUACAAUGUACAGAGAUCCGAUAUUUCAGGGCAACAGCUUCAACCUUCAAGAGACGUUCAAAGAGUACUCCAUGAGGAAUCUGAGUACGCGUCUCUCGAACGGCUAUUCAACGUGGACAUAUGGUCGCGCAGCCACGGAUCCAUUCAUCCUGAAAGCUCAGAUCGACUACCCGGAGACCCUCGUUACCUACAAGCCCGCAUUUUGGCAAGAGAUCAAAUGGUCUUGGACGCAGUACUUUUCCGUGUUGGUGCCCAUCAUUCUAGUUUUUCGUCAGCUCAAGAAAUUCAUCUUCAGCAAUAAUCUAAUUCAUACUUUUUCAACUAUCCCAUGGAUCAAAGAUAGAUGAAUAUCAAUCAAUCACUGUCACUUCCACAUCGCCGUAACGUUAAAUUUAAUUCUUAUCAAUUGAAGAUAAUUCCUUUCAAUUUGUGAUUAGAGUCUCAUUAGAUUAGUAUGGAUUUUAUCAAAUAAACAAUAUUCUGACUUAAUCGUACUGAAUAUUUAAAUACUUAAAUAUUUGUGGAUUUAAGUGAAAUUUUUGAUUUUUUUUGUGAUUGUGAAGAAAGAUUUUGGUUUGGAUUUGUAUUUUGAAAUUAAUUAAUCUGAUAAAUCCAAAAUUAUUGUAGUACAUACAUUUUUUGGACUCAAAA